UCUGUUGGACAAAAAGAGACUCGUGUACGGAAUACAUAGGUCGUGCGGCUAUCCGUUUAGUCAUGCGCAAUCAAAAUACUUCAUGCGGCGGCAUGUGACAUCACAAUAUCGCGAGAGUGAUUCAGGCAUACGCAGUAGUAUGCUCUCGAAUUGCUCUCGCGGUACUUGAAUAUCAUAUGCUGAUCGUUCUGCGCAGAGACGCAUUUUGACCAACACACAUCUGCUCUAUUGAUUACAGAUAUAGCACAGGUGAUUGUUGGGCACUUCCUCGGUUUUUCGUUUGAAACAAGCAACUGAUAGCAAUUCGCGAAGUUUACAAUCAUAAUCCUAAAAUGCUGUGGCGGCAUUUGUUGUGUAAAUGCGGUCUUCUCAUAUUAAUCUAUUUCACAUUUUGGGUGACCGGUGUGGAGAUGAACAGAAAUGACGGCUAUUCAUCCGCAGCUGGAGGAGGCAGAGAGCGAUAUGCAUUCUUUGCUCUCCGGAGCUGCCACCAAGUUCUCCACGGUGAAAGCGGUGAGUUGUUCUCCCCCGACUACCUGUGCUCCAACCCCCCUGUCUGGUGCAACUGGACCAUCCAGGUGCAUCCUGGGAAGCGUGUGGAGUUGUACCUGGAGGACUUUACCCCCUCGGAGGCUUGUCACAUGAAAAGUGAUCAGAUCCACCUUGACGAGUCUCCUGCUGCUGCCGGUGGGCAGAGAAUACUGGAAAGGUGUUGGAGAAAGGCACAGUACAUGUCGGUGUCCAACACUGUUCAGGUGGUGCUCCUUAUUGAUGGGAACCGUCCCACCCCGUACAGGGGGUUUUAUGGACGUUUCAAAGCUUUUGGACCUCUGGAUUCUCUUGACCCCAUGUAUGAAGAAGUGCCCUUAGACAUGAUAGAGGAAGCAUUAGGUGGUGGUGAACAGGUAACUGAUGCAGUUACACAUGCUCCAUCAGGUGUGGGAGGCGUCACAGCAGAUAUAAAACUGUCAGAUGUGAAUGUCCAAACCACUUCUCAUGGUCUGACCAAGCCUCUGAUAUUCGCUCCGUUUGAGUCCACAUCAGUGGCCAAUGAACUUGUCUUUAAGAAUAGGCAACCAUGGGAAAAGAGUUCUGGGGACGUCCAAGUAUCUGCUAGUUCUACAAAUUCAACCCUCACCUCUGGUUACCGCAGUGAUGUUGAAUUUCUUGGCGAUGAGUAUUAUGAUUAUAGUUCCAUUCCAGUUCCGAGAGAGCAGCAGGCCCCGGCAGGUGGAUCGGCCCAAAUUCGCUCGAAAUACCAGCCUGCCUACAGACACAUCACGGACAUGUACCUCAGCCCACCGGUCGAGACCAAAGCCACUAAACCAGUCGCUCGGUCCCCAACAGCUAUGCGCAGGAAUGUGGAUGCACACGCCCGUUCUUCAGGUAAACCUGGGUCAGUUAGAGCCACGGUGGCAUCUGAUGCUGGGGAAGUUCGGUGGGUGAGGGUGGGACAGGUGGAUGAUGUUGCCAUGGAGACGAGAGUACAAGACGGCAAUAUCACACCACCUGUCUUUAUGGACACUAAUGCUCCCAGACAGCCUAAACUGCAGCGCAGAUCCAAAGAAAAAGCUCAGAACCAACAGACCAUUAGAAAUGCCACCCAAAAUACUCAUUUACCUGGAGAGCUCUUGUUUGAGGUAGCUGUGGAGGUCAGUCUGGAUUUUGAGCAUCUUGAAAAAUCAUCUUCACUCCGAACCCCGCUAGAGAUCAUGAUAAAAGAAGAGCUUGGGCAUCUCGUCUCAAAAGGUCUAGAUUUAAAAAGAUUAAAAAAGUUGAGUUCGGGGGUUUUGUUCAUCAUGUGGGCACAGUUUCAGAAGACUGCUGCAGGAAAAUACAUGUAUGCAGAUCUUCAGUCCGGUAUGCAGAAGCUAAUAGGCAAGAUUAUCAAAUCCCAAACCAGCAAAAUACAGGGCACCAUAGCCUCUGUGUCAAUGGAAGACAUCAAUGAGUGUGAUACACGCAUGAAGAUGUGUGAUGCACACGCCGAGUGUGUGAAUCAGUUCGGAUCUUAUUCCUGUCACUGUCACCGUGGUUACCAUGAGGCUCGUCAGGGGCCGCCUGGAAUGGUUUGCGUGGAGUCUGCUGUUUCCGACUGUAGCUUUACAUCAUCUCCCAGGGUCCUCAAGGGCGUUUACGCCAUCUGCAGUCUGCUCAUUUUGCUCAUCUUGUUGUUACUGGUGGUGGUCACUUUUCUGUACCGUCGAUACUACAGAGGGAUUUUCAUGCCACGCUGCCAGAAAACAAGCAUAUGCAGCAGUGUGGAAACACCUGCCAAUGAUGAAGACAAUAACAACACAUAGAAUGACGGCCGUGGUGGUGCUGACCCUUCUAGACUCCCACCUCCACCCCCACAAAUGAGACUGUCCAAAGAUGGCCUCUGCUCUCUGGAUCUACCAUUGUUACGGUUUAGCCCUCUGGCGCCGACUGAUGGAUUCCGGAGUAAAAUACACGCAGAGAAACAUGAGUUUUGAUUGAUACACUCUGACGUUUGUCUGGAGUUGCACUUAAAUGCAUGAUAUUUCACCAAGUGUUUGACUGGUCUUGGUUUGUAUUGAUUUUCCAUUUCCAAUGUUUUUUUUAUGCCUUAGCAUGUUUAAUCUGAAAUAUUUUGGUGUGAGUUGGCUGCCUGUAGAAAUUGGUCUUAUUUUUGUUUUGUAUAUCCAUUCCUGACUGGUCACAUAAUUAUGACUCUCAAAAAAUGAAUUGAU